AUGGCUGGCAUAUCCGCCCUCGUCGAAUGCCUCACGGAUGAUCUCAACGACGCACCCACCCUAUUCCGCGCUCUCACCAAAUCUCUCAGCAAUGUCAGUGCUCUCGCAAAGACCCAAACGAUCGGAUUAGUGGGACUGGAGGGGUAUGAAAUGCUCUACAAGAAGCUUCCGUGGCACGUCGUCGAGGAAUUCAUGGUGCGAUCCCUCGAAGACGACCAGUCUGAUGGUCGACGACGGGGACUUAUCCGCUUGCUCCACAGGCUGGAAGUCGAUUCCCUGGCUCCAGGAUGGUGUGGCCAGCAAGCCAUCAAAUUCCUGGAUUUCCAAGACCCAGGCGACACACAAUGGCUGCUCGAAACCCUGGUUUCCGAUGUACCUUCAUUCAUAGACAAUGUCAUUCCUGUUUUAGAAUCCAGGAAAUUGUCCCAGUUCUUCUGGGUGACCUUCAUCCGCACACUCCGUCAAGAAUCGAGCAAAUUUGGAGGCUUGGAACAAUCAAAAUCCUCGGUCGACAAGCUCGUCUGUCAAUGUUUGCAUAUUAUUAUUCAUAACUUAAAUGCCUUUCCUUCCUAUACGACCUGCUAUCCGGCUGGCGAUAACAUGACCGGCAAGCAAAACCUACUGAAGAUUUUUGAACUCUGCCGCGAAACCGACAACAUGGCGCUUACCACCUUGAUAAUGUCGAAGAUGCGUCGAGCUGCUUCAGAGAUGCCGAACCAGGACUUCAAACAAUUCUUCCUCGUCCUCGUCCCGCUAGCUAUCGAGGUCGUCACAUCCACGGACGAUCCAAGUUUGCGAUUCCAUGUUGGAGUCUACCGGGAGUUCCUAGUGAACAUUCUCGACGCGAUAUUGCAAAUACCCGCGGCCCAUUCAAGUUGCCAAAGCUGCGAACUCAAAAUUAGGAUCAGACCGACUGACUCCACGUCGUCCCAGCCUGACGGCCCUAUCGCCACCCCAGGGUGUGAUAUACUAAAUGACGAUAACGUUUCUACCAUCCUCCUCGUUGUUCAGAAACUUGGCGGCAUCGAAAACUUGAAUCAGUUCACAACAGCAUUCGCAAAGCAUAAGCGUGUGGUUGUGGAGAAUUUUGCUCGAGCGGUCGCCGCACGUUUCAAGCCUCUGCAAAAGGACCCCGGACCCGAACAUGCAACCUAUGAUAGAACAAUGAGCAGUUUGAUAGCGAGCGACAAGACGGUUCAAUCACUUUCUCGAGAAGACCUCUUGGAUUAUCUCCGACUCUGUGUCGAUGUCGGCGCUGUUACUCGAUUCAAAACUCUUCUCGAUGCGUGUCAAUCCCAUCGCGUCUCGGAUUCUAUUCAGCUACUUCCGGGACUAUCCGAGCGAAUGUGUCAGGACUCCGAGUCUGUUCGAUUAUUCUCCCCUGCUUUUGGGAUGUUCAGUCGUCACACAUUGAAAAGCUGGGCAACUAGACUCAAUCAUUGCAGAACAACCAUUUUCAAGCAAUUGUUGGCCUUUGGUUGCCUGUCGGAGGGUCGGGAACUGUCUCAAUGCGAGCAUGGCUGUCUCGAAGUUCGCAAAUUCAUGAUAGAUGAUUGGUAUACGAGUUGCACACUAAACAAGCGUAAGAGCGAGUCAAGGAAGCAUGUCGAAUUAUACCUGGAGCUGUUGAAGUGCAAUGGGGCUGGGUCUGAGCCACUGUUGAUCUGGAGAACUGAUGUGAGCAGCAGGCCGCACACACUGGUUAUUACCAAGACUUCCCACCAACUUUGCUGGAAUUUCCGGCGGCAAAUCGCACAUGCUAAAGGACAUCUGUCGACUAUCGGCCCACUUGAAGCCCGGCGCAUUCUGGGGACAGACCAUGACUUUAUCGUCAAUGAAAUUGAAACGGCGUCAUGGCCAAAACUACCAGUGGACGCUGAGCUACCCAUGUGUGCUGAAUCGUCCACUGCAAACAAGCGACCAGCAAAUGCAGGCUCGUCGGAGGGGCCGGCAGCGAAAAGGGCCAGGUCUGAGAUGUCUUCGAAUGCAACUGAUGAGGAUGAACUUGGCGACGAUAGCGACGCUGACUCGGACUGGCGACCUGAGUCACGCUCCAAGCUUCAUUGA